GUUAUAAGGGCGAAGUAUGAACUAUGCAAAGGGCAAAAGAAAGAUCCCAUUUUUAUCUUCCUCUUUCGAUUCGAUUUCUCGCUUGAUCCUUCUGUUCUCCUCUUCGAUCGAUUAAGGAGGAGAGAGCGCGCGGAGGAGAUGGCGGCGAAGGAGGCAGCAGCGUCGGUACCGAGCACGCCUCUGCUGAAGGACGAGCUCGACAUCGUGAUCCCGACCAUCCGGAACCUGGAUUUCUUGGAAAUGUGGCGGCCGUUCUUCCAGCCCUACCACCUGAUCAUCGUGCAGGACGGCGACCCGAGCAAGACGAUCAACGUGCCGAAGGGAUUUGACUACGAGCUUUACAACCGCAACGACAUCAAUCGCAUCCUGGGCCCCAAGGCCAACUGCAUCUCCUUCAAGGACUCCGCUUGCCGCUGCUUCGGCUACAUGGUCUCCAAGAAGAAGUACAUCUACACCAUCGACGACGACUGCUUUGUCGCUAAAGAUCCCACUGGCAAAGACAUCAAUGCACUGGAACAGCACAUCAAGAAUCUUUUAAGCCCUUCUACUCCUUACUUCUUCAACACCUUGUAUGACCCUUACCGAGAAGGCGCAGACUUUGUUCGUGGAUAUCCUUUCAGCCUCAGGGAAGGUGCUCCCACAGCUGUUUCUCAUGGCCUUUGGCUCAACAUUCCUGACUACGACGCUCCCACUCAGCUUGUAAAGCCUCGCGAGAGGAACUCAAGGUAUGUGGAUGCUGUUCUUACCAUCCCCAAGGGAACUCUGUUCCCUAUGUGUGGGAUGAAUCUGGCUUUCGAUCGACAGCUCAUUGGCCCUGCUAUGUACUUUGGCCUCAUGGGCGACGGCCAGCCUAUUGGACGCUACGACGAUAUGUGGGCUGGAUGGUGCAUCAAGGUGAUCUGCGAUCACUUGGGGCUAGGAGUGAAGACUGGCUUACCCUACAUUUGGCACAGCAAGGCCAGCAACCCAUUCGUCAACUUGAAAAAGGAGUACAAAGGGAUCUUUUGGCAAGAAGAGUUGAUCCCUUUCUUCCAGUCUGCUUCCCUCCCAAAGGAUUGCACCACAGUCCAGAAGUGCUACAUUGAGCUCUCCAAACAGGUAAAGGAGAAGCUCGGAAAGAUCGACCCUUACUUCACCAAGCUUGCAGAUGCUAUGGUCACAUGGAUCGAAGCCUGGGACGAGCUUAACUCUGCCGGAGCUCAAGCUCCAGCCCCAGUCGCCAAUGGCACAGCCAAGAAGUAGGAUAGGCAAACUCUAGCCUCCCCAAACAUUUGCAACCUCGGUAGUGUCUUUGAUUCAUGCUUGGCAUUUGUAACUCUAAUUUAUAGUACUUUCCUUUCAUCAUGUUAAAGUUGAAGCUUCAGAAUUUUUUACAGGUGGGUUAUUGUAUUAUUAUUCACUUGAGUUGGCAAUAAAAAGAUCCGUUGUUUUAGAUUA